UUGAUCUUCUUUCUUCUUCUUCGUGUUCGCUUUUAUACAAAAUCGACAAUAGUUUGUUUGCUUGAACCUUGAAGUGUAAGGCUGUUUUAGAUUCUUUGAUCCUAAAUCCAAAAAUGGUGCUGAUUGAAGCACACCACAACGAACAACAACAGUAACAACAAGAAGCCACGAAAGCGAUCAACAACCUUCUGAGCAGAAAGGUCCCGCUUCUUAUCAAGAUGCCUUAAACGAAGACCAACUGAACGAGAAAAUUUUGGCACAAGCAAAUGAUACGAAAAUGGAAGGAAAUAAAUUGUUUGGAAACGGGCAAUACGAAGAGGCAGUGUUACAGUACGAUCUUGCUUUGCAAGUUACAGUGGAGAUGCCUACUGCCAUUGAAAUUCGUUCCAUUUGUCAUUCGAAUCGCACUGUUUGCUUUCUUAAGCUGAGGAAGUAUGAGGAAACCAUCAAGGAGCGUAAGAAGGCUUUGGUACUUAAUUCUUCUUAUGUAAAAGCUCUUGUCGGACGAGGAGAAGCUCAUGAAAAGCUUCAACACUUUGAAGAGGCCAUUGGCAUUGCUGAUAUGAAGAAGGUUUUGGAAUUGGAUCCUUCUAAUGGCCAGGCUAGAAAGGCCAUUCACAGGCUGGAUCCACUGGCUGCUGCAAAACAAAGAAACAUGAAAGAGGAGAUGAUUGAAGGAGCUGAUAAGAGGUUGAAGGUGAAGUGGCCUGAACCUGCAAUCAGAAAGCACAGUCAAGGGCUGGCGUAGGAGUUGGUUCUCCAGGCCAUGUUCUAUGCUCAAGUCAGCGAGGUAUUUUGAGGAGGAAAGAGGUGAAGUGUGUGGAGGAAGCUUCAAUGGAAGGACAAAGUUUAGGUCUUAAGUUUUACGUACCUGGAACGAUUUCAAGCAAGCAUGAGUUACAUUUAAUGGUUCUAAAUAAAUUGGAGGCCAAGUGUUUAAUUUUGAAGUAAUGCCUUGAUAGGACGUUAGUAGGGAUGUCAUUUGUUAGACAAUCCCUUCCUUGAUGAGGGACAAGCCAAUUCUAUAAUGAAGUAAGAUGGCAAUCUGAACGUGCACUGGCUGGACGCCUGAAGAAAUUUGGUCAUGUUGACCGAGUUAAUGAGCAUAACAGUUUUAUUUUUGUUAGCUACUUCCUUUAGCUCAAUGUGUCAAAGAAACUAAACUCAGUUUUAUUUUUGGUUUUACUACUAAAUUCAAAUGGUAAUAAGCAUCUGAUUUAUUG